UGGCUCGUGACAAUUUGUCGUCAUCAUGAGCACGAUGUUUCGUUCGUAUAGUCGUUUGACGGACGAAGGAUAAAAUUCAAGGUCACAAUAUAGGAAAGGCAGACUUCUUUGUCUCGACACAUCGGAGAAAGGGAGGCAUGGUCGUCGCUUAUCUUCGAUUCAAGCCAUGCCACCAUGCGCUGCUAUUCAGAGACAUUGUAAUGACUCGAUAAGAUUUUGUCAUUUUAGAGCGAUACAGGAUGAACAAGCUGUGGAUCACUACGGACAGUAGAUGAACAAUACUCAAGCUCUGCACCGGAAGUAUACGGUACACCCGUUGUGUGCUUGGCUAUGGACGUUGCAUACGGUCAUCAAAACGAGUGCAUAUCCGCAUCAGGAUGUUGCAGCCCAGACCGCUCAUCGGCCAGGAAAAACCACGGGGCCUAAUCCAUCUUGGUCACCCAUUGACCAGGCACAUGACCUGAAACGGGGUCGGAAAGGAUCGAGGAGUGGACGAACAAGGAAAUGGGACAUGUACCGGUAUCCGUAGACGUCAGACCAAGCUGACAGCAGCUAAGACAAGGCGGUUGGGGAGCCAUCAGCUGGUGCGGGGCGGGGGGCAGGAGAA